AACAGCUUAAACAAAUCCAAAAACACCAAAUAAAACAAAUCCAAAUUUGAUCACCUGUUGAAAUCCCCGGGGUUCUUAAAACAUCGCACCUUUCGAUUUGAAAUCGACGAUUCAAUGGCUGUUAGAGGUUCGAAUUUCGCUAACUACGCAUUGUUUCUAACGCUUAUGAUUCAGUUUACUGCUUCGAUGGCUGCGAUUUCAACAACAGACGUUCGUCGCUAUCCUAAAGCCAUAUCGGAUCUGAAGGAAAUUAUUGUUAGGGGAUUAGGGCUUCAAUCAGAUGAUCUUAAGAUAUCUGGGUUUGAUUUGAGGGAUGCUUUUGUGGGUCGAUCCAAUGUUUACGAAAUUGAUAUUGAAAUUGACAAUAUGGUUCUUCCAUUGAAACUUUUGGACGAUGUGAAUAACUGGCAACAUGAGGAUCUACCCAUUCUUCAAGUGGAGGAUCAGGCAAGUAAUAACAACCAUGAUAAUGUGUUGGUAGCGAAGGCGAAGACUACGGAAAUGAAGAAUGCACAUGGGUCACCUGUUUUGGCUCCAUUUGAGCUUGCUGGUCCAAUAGAGCUCUGGAUUCAAGAUGCCAAGAACAUGAAACUUUCAUUGCCUCAUCACGUUGACGAUGGUGAGCUAAGGAAAGUAAUCAUAGCCGAUGGGGCAGUUGUGAGAGUCGAGGGUGCCAAAUCAGUCAGCUUACUCAGACCCGUUCAGUUUGGUCUUCCGUUGACCAAAGCUCAAAACGGGUUUGCAUCACGUAUCUUGAGCCUAGCUGACCGUCUGAGACACGUGGCUCGUACCCGAGGGCAAAUAAUACCUCUAUCCAUCGUGGGUCCUACAUCUCUCACUUCUCCUACACCGUCUCCCACUGCUAACCAGAACAAGCACAACUUGCUGGUUAACGGGUCAAAAACAUUCUGGCCCGUUAAGUCUGUUAACGGGUCAAACACACAUUUGGUUGGUUUAGAUAAACUACUCUCCUCAGUCUUGGGUUCUAAAGCCAGUGAGAAUGGUUCUUUCAAGCUGUUGAAAGCAGACAUAUCAGCCCAAACGUUUGUGAAGAUCGGGUUUCAGGUAGAGAAGUUGGGCGGGAAUGGGCCAGAGUUGGAAGGUUAUCCCAAGUGGAGAACAAAACCGACGACCACAAGGAUGCAUUUUGAAGUAUUGGCUAAGGUGGAUGGCGACAAGAUUUUGCCCGAGCAAGUGGUUCAAGUUAAGCCUAUUGCGGUGAAGGACACUAUGGCUCCUAAUGUCAUUACUGGUAAUAUUACCUCAUCAAAGGCCUUUACCAUGAGUCCUCCGAAGACAUUUACCUUGUAAAGUCUUAACAUCCGUUUUUUUCCUUUCCCUUUUACCCUUUGAAAGAUCAAAUUUUGUAUAAAAUAGAAACGUGAUCAUUCUUAGAGGAAUCUAGUAAAGAAUCUGAUUGGUUAAAAUCA